UGUCUAAAAAGGUUUCGAUUGUGUAUUUUCAAUUUGGCCGGGCGUGUACAAGAUUAAUCGAUAAGCUGUGAUAGAUUAGCAACGUUUUCCAUCACUUUAGUGAUGUUAUCGAUAGCAGAAGACGUGCUUUGUUUGGGCCUGACGGAUUCAAUCGUUUAUGAUUUGUUUACAAGAGAAAUUUCUUUAAUAUAUCGUGAUUUUUAUUAUAAAAAAUGAAAAUAGCUAUAGAAGGAUGCGCACACGGCGAACUAGAACGCAUAUACGAAACUAUAGAGAGCAUUGAAAAGGAUGGCGGCACUAAGAUUGACUUACUAUUGUGCUGCGGCGAUUUUCAGUCCACUAGGAAUCUGGAGGAUUUGCAAACGAUGGCGGUACCAAAGAAGUACCUGGACAUGUGCUCUUUUUACAAAUACUACAGCGGCGAGCUGGUGGCACCAGUUCUGACCAUCUUCAUUGGCGGCAAUCACGAGGCAUCUAAUUAUCUACAAGAACUCCCUUACGGCGGCUGGGUGGCUCCCAAUAUUUACUAUCUCGGCUACGCCGGAGUGGUUAAUGUAAACGGAGUUCGAAUCGCUGGAAUUAGUGGAAUCUUCAAAGGUCACGAUUUCCUGCGUGGUCACCAUGAAUACCCUCCCUAUACCGAGUCCACGUGCCGUAGUGUUUACCAUGUGCGGCAGUUAGAAGUGUUCAGACUUAAGCAAUUGUCAGGACGAGUUGACAUCUUCCUGUCCCAUGACUGGCCUACCGGGAUCUAUGAGUAUGGGGAUAAGCACAAGCUGCUACGCAAGAAACCCUUUUUUGCGGCGGAUAUGGAGAGUGGUAAACUGGGCAGUCAGCCAUUGGAAGAGCUACUAAAAGCGAUUCAACCGACAUACUGGUUUGCUGCUCAUCUGCACUGCAAAUUUGCCGCUCUGGUGCCACAUAAUCAAGUGCAUAAAAGAUCGGAUGAUGGAUCAUCCUCCAGCAGCAGCAGCAGUGAGGAUGAAGACGAAGAGAAGGAAACAAAGGAUGUUCCUACUCUGCCACUUAAAGCCAUUCGCAUCACCAAAUUCUUGGCCCUGGAUAAAUGCUUGCCCCGAAGAGCAUUCCUGCAAGUGUUGGAGAUACCCAGUGAUCCCAUUAAGGAAAACCCUAGCCUAGAAUAUGACGCCGAAUGGCUGGCCAUUUUGCACAGUACCAAUCACUUGAUUUCUGUAAAGGAAAACUACUAUUACUUACCUGGCAAAAAGGCGGGAGAACUGACAGAACGAUUUAACUUUACGCCCACCGAACAGGAACUGGAUGCAGUAACAAACAAGUUCCAGAAACUUCAGGUACCGGAGAACUUUGAGCGCACAGUGCCUCCUUUUGAUCCCGCCGAACAGUCGAACUAUAAGCACAUGGUUGUGAGCCAACCAAAGGUUCAUCUAAACCCUCAGAACAAUACAUUUUGUACAGCUUUGGGAAUAGAUGACCCACUAUGCUUAGUGUUGUUGGCAAAUGGUAAAGAUCUGCCUGAGGUUGGAUCUGCUAUAUCGCAGAAUGAGCUGAACGACAGCACUGAAGUAGAACCGAUAGUCGAAGACAUUGGUGAACCUUUGGUCACGCCAACUAAGAGAAAACUGAACUUAUCCCUGCCAGCUCCAAAAUCAACAUCUGCAGAUGCCACCGAUAAAAACGUGAUAAAUCUGCCCGAGGAGGAGGAACCAGAAGCUGAAAUCAUAACACCGACAAAGACCUCUAAGGUGGACGACCCUCCAUGUGUGCCUGCAAGUCCUAACCUUAAGAAGCUAAAACGACGAAAUCAGGAAAUUUACCAAGCCGAAGAAGAUUAAAACAUA